AUGGGGUGUGCGUUUGGAAGAGAGUCUUCGAGGGAGGAGAGGAGAGAGCACGUGAGAGAGGCAAAAGCUGAAGUGGGUAGAGCAGAGGUUGUUGAGAAUGAGAGCAUUGAGAAGGAGAAGGAGGGUGGAAGAGAGGAGAAGAGGACAAGGGCAAGGGGAGAGAGGAGGCGAUCUUCGAAGCCGAAUCCGAGGUUGAGCAAUCCACCUAACCAUGUUCAUGGUGAGCAGGUUGCAGCAGGGUGGCCCUCUUGGCUCUCUAAGGUUGCUGGUGAAGCCAUCAAUGGAUUGACCCCUCGGAGGGCUGACACCUUUGAGAAGCUUGAUAAGAUCGGGCAAGGUACAUACAGCAAUGUCUACAAAGCUAGGGAUACUUUGACGGGGAAAAUUGUAGCUCUAAAGAAGGUCCGUUUUGACAAUUUGGAGCCUGAAAGUGUGAAGUUCAUGGCUAGAGAGAUUUUGAUUCUCCGUCGUCUGGAUCAUCCCAAUGUCAUCAAACUGGAAGGCUUAGUGACUUCUAGAAUGUCAUGCAGUUUAUAUCUUGUAUUUGAAUACAUGGUGCAUGAUCUGGCUGGACUUGCCACAAACCCGGCAAUUAAGUUCACAGAAUCUCAGGUAAAAUGUUACAUGCAUCAGCUAUUUUCUGGACUGGAGCACUGUCACAACCGUCAUGUGUUGCAUCGGGAUAUAAAGGGGUCAAACCUUCUUAUUGAUAAUGACGGAAUUCUUCGGAUUGCUGAUUUUGGAUUAGCAUCCUUCUAUGAUCCUAAUCACAAGCACCCUAUGACUAGUAGAGUGGUUACCUUAUGGUAUCGACCUCCGGAACUUCUUCUUGGGGCCACUGAAUAUAGUGUAGGAGUGGACCUCUGGAGUGCUGGCUGCAUUCUUGCUGAAUUAUUGGCUGGAAAACCUAUUAUGCCUGGUCGAACGGAGGUGGAACAACUACACAAGAUAUUUAAGCUAUGUGGUUCUCCUUCCGACGAAUAUUGGAAAAAAUCAAAGUUGCCACAUGCUACCAUUUUUAAGCCCCAGCAGUCAUACAAGCGAUGUAUUGCGGAGACAUUUAAGGAUUUUCCUCCAUCGUCACUGCCACUUAUUGACACCCUUCUCUCAAUUGAUCCAGAUGAACGUUUGACUGCCACUGCUGCAUUACAUAGUGAAUUCUUUACUACAAAACCAUAUGCCUGUGAUCCCUCUAGCCUUCCCAAAUAUCCUCCCAGCAAGGAGAUGGAUGCAAAGCUAAGGGAUGAAGAAGCUAGAAGAUUGAGAGCAGCUGGUAAAGCCAAUGCUGAUGGUGUAAAGAAAUCACGGCCACGUGAGCGAGUUGGGCGGGGAAUUCCAGUUCCAGAGGCCAAUGCUGAACUGCAAGCAAAUAUUGAUAGGCGGCGACUGAUCACACAUGCAAAUGCAAAGAGCAAGAGUGAGAAGUUUCCUCCUCCCCACCAAGAUGGAGCUCUAGGCUAUCCACUGGGAUCAUCACAUCACAUGGAUCCAGUUUUUGAUCCUCCUGAUGUUCCAUUCAGUUCCACAAACUUCUCACAACCUAAAGCAAAUAUACAAACCUGGUCUGGCCCAUUGGUAGAUCCUUCUGGUGUGGGCGCACCAAGGAGAAAGAAGAAACAUGGCAAGUGA